AUGGCGGACAAAAUCACAGACAGCCAGGUUGAGGACCUGCACGACCUCCUACGCAGCGACGCCUCAAUCGACGUCAAGGCCGACUUUGUCACGGUCAUCAAGUCGGGCAUCAAACAACACAAUGUUCCCGACCAGUCCAUUGCGUCGCUGGUCGACGCGCUCUGCACCGCCUCGGCGUCCCAGCACGCCGUGCUUGCCAAUGCCGGCUUCACAGCCCUCAAUCACCUGCUCGCCCGCCUUGCGCGCCAGGACCCAAAGUACUUGGCCAAGGAGGGCUCUCGCGCCACCUUGCCCCUCAUCGUUGACAAGCUGAACGACCACAAGGAUAAGAUUCGCGCGCUCGCGCUUCAGUCCCUGGGAACUCUGUACAAGGUCGCGCCCAUCGACGUCGAGCGCUGGGUGCGCAACACAGCCAUGGGUGGCAAGAACGCGAGAGCAAAAGAGGCAAGCUUGCACUGGCUGCUCCAGAUGCACCAAGAAAACGGUUUGCAGUUCCGGAGCUAUGUUCCGAUCUUAAUGGAGCUGCUCGAGGAUGCGGACGCCAUGGUCCGCGACGCUGCCAAGACCACGGUCAUUGAGCUGUUCUGCAAUGCCCCGAACGCUGCCAAGUCGGAUUUAAAGAGGCAGUUGAAGACAUUCAAGGUUCGGCCAGCAAUUGAGGCGGCCAUUGUCAAGGAGCUCGUUCCCAGCGCUUCAGCACCCUCCUCGCAGACCGACCACUCUGAUGAGCCAUCUUUGCCGCCUGCGGCCCGUCCUCACCUUGCAGCGAGCGCCUCUGCCCUCUCUACCGAACGCCCUGUAACUCCGGUUGUGGACACUCGCCCCGAGCAGGUCGAGCCCAUGUAUGUCAAUACCCAGCGCGAACUGGAUGAGAAAUUUCGAGAAAUGGCAUCCUACUUCGAAGGCAGGGAGUUGGAGCAGAAUUGGCAGAAGCGAGAGGAGAGCAUCACCGCCCUCCGGAAGCUUAUGGAGGGCAACGCAGCAACAGACUUUCGAGACAGCUUUCUCAGCGGGCUAAGGGGGCUCCUCGACGGCAUUAUCAAGGCUGUCACUUCGCUCCGAACCAGUCUCUCAAAGGAAGGCUGCAACCUUGUGCAAGAAAUGGCGAGGGUAUACGGCCCGGGUAUAGACCCAAUGGUGGAGUUACUUCUACAAACCUUCAUCAAGCUCUCGGCCGCAACCAAGAAAAUCGCCUCUCAGCAAGCCAAUGUCACGGUCGAUACCAUCAUUGGGAGGGUCACGUACAAUGCCCGGAUCAUGCAGCACAUCUGCCAGGCUAGCCAGGACAAGAAUGUCCAACCGAGGCUUUACGCGAGCGGCUGGCUGAAAACUAUUCUGAACAAGGAAUCUCACCACAAGGGGCAUGUUGAGCACUCGGGCGGCUUGGACCUUAUUGAGAAGUGCAUGAAGAAGGGUCUUGCUGACGCAAAUCCCGGUGUGAGAGCGGAGAUGCGAUCGGCCUACUGGAAAUUUUCGGUCAUCUGGCCCGCGAGGGCUGAGGCCAUCAUGAACGGACUUGACGCGACGGCCCAGAAACUGCUGCAAAACGACCCGAACAACCCCAACUCCCCCAAGAAGUCGGAUGGGCCUGUCCGUCCCGGCCUAGGGCUGUCCAAGAGCACUAUGACGUCUUCCAAGCCAAGUAUACGGGAAGUCAUGGCCCAGAAGAAGGCCGCCGUGUCCAAGAAUCUUCCAGCUCGUCCUGGCUCGGCUAUGGCCCAUUUCUCCCCUCCGAGGACCGUGUCAAACUCGUCUCAAGCCUCGGUUGCAUCCGGCACCUCGACAUCGACCGUCCGCACCAGACCCGAAUCCGUCUUGGUGGGCGCUCCAGGGGGAAUAUCCGGGGCCCCAAUGAGACCCACAAAGCGGCGACCGGAAAUGGCUGCCCGGCCAGCAACAGCAGGCCCCUACUCAGUGAGGAGCCAUGACCAGACUUCGGCCGAGCAGUCUAGCCCGCCUGAUAAGGUCAGGCCGAAGGCAGUCACCCCGAAGGUCGCCACUGUAUCGCCGAGACGGACGGUUCCUAGAACGAGACCGGGCCAUACUCCGACAGCCAGCGAGCCGAUUCUUCCAACACCUCCCAGGAUGGUUGCUGCUAGAGCAGCGGCUUCUCCCCGGACAAGCCCCUCACAUACAAAGCCCGCUACUCCACAGCUCGCGAGUAGUCCUUCAAAGGCCCACGAGGAUUUUACUAUGGUCAUGCCCGUUCUCGCGGCUCCCAAGGACCAAUCCCCGCGGGUUACCGAAGCCCAGUCUCCAAAGGCUCCGAAGGCACUGUCUCCGCAGGUGCCACGGCCUCCACCAGGUCCGAUAGAGGUUAUUAAGAUAGCCCAAAGCCCGCUUUCGAGACCCCUGAAGGUAUACGAAGAUCCAUUUACUGAGGCUCAAGCUGCACCGAACCCCAUAUUCACUAGGCCUGUCUUGGAGGAGAAGCCAGUAAACGAAGAUGCUGCAAUCUUACUGCGGCCAGAUGCAGUAAAUGGCAGCGUCGACAACCCCCCUCUCUCGCCGGAGAAACUGAAGCAGAGCUCCCGUCUGCUGGACAGCGGUAUCGCGAAGGUCAAGCAAAUGUCCCUUGACGUGCACGGAUUCCGCAAGCUUCAGAGUAUCAUUCGUGACAAUAGGGCUGUCUUUACGGAUGACAAGUUUGAUGCUUUCUUGCCCGGCCUGUUUGGGUUCCUCGAGGCGCCCCUGGAACAGCUCCCGCCAGAGAAGGUGCAAGACGUCAAGGCCCAGGUGCUUGCGACAAUCAAGCUUCUCCUUAGGAAGAUGCGAGAUAAUUUCCAGCCCCACGUUUCUCGGGGUCUGGAGAGCCUACUGCGCGCCCGCGCUGGCUACGACGGGCGCACGCACAUUGUGAGCGGCCUGGAGCUCCUCGCCGACGAGCUCGUGACACUUGGCGACGCAUCUGAGAUCACUCUGGUGCUCUCGCGCAUGCUUGGUACCAUGGAUGUUGACGCGCCUGGGUCGCGCUCGCUCAGUAUGGGCCUCCACGUGCUCAAGGAGCUCAUCGAUACACGCACCUCAUUUAUGCCUACGCAGGCCGAGGUCGAUCUCCUCGCCGGCCUAGCCUCCCGUUGCCUUGAAUCCCUUGAGUCGGCCGUCCGUAUGGAUGCGGUGCAUCUGUGCGUCGCCCUGCACGCCAGAGUCAGCGACGCCGUCUUUUGGGACGCGCUUAAAGGCGUUAAGGAUGACCCAAAGAGCCUAAUUACUUACUAUAUUGUCAAGAGGCAGAGGGAAACCGGUUCUACCCCCGGAUCGUCCGCAUCCCUGUCCGGUUCGGUGUUCGCCGUGCCAGCUGUGUUGGCUACUUCGGUCGUUAGCAACUGA